UUUGAGAAGUAAGAUAUAAAGUAUGUGAAAUUUGUGAGCUCACACGGAAACAGCCUGUUCAGACUGAGCUGAGGAGGCUACUGUUAGCUCUGUGAUUUUGGAUGAUGAUGUUUUCCUAGUUGGGUUGGAGAAGGUCAGAGAAAAGAAUGACCCUCUUGUGCAAGUCCUCUCCAAUGCCUAGUGUCCUACACAGUUCUAAUUUACUUCCACUUCCACAAACACUUCAAGGAAAGCCACCAAGAGGAAAGUGUUAUACUGUUGAAACUGGGAGACGUGAAAUGUGAGAAAAUGGUGUUCAGAAGCUCCAGUGCUUCGAAAACAUCCUCUGCUUCUUUCCAAACUAGCACAUCUAACAGACAAACACAAGAACAUAGAGACAAAGAAAGAACUUACCACUGCUUAGAUUGCGGAAAGAAAUUUGAUAGAGAGAGUCAUCUCCAAAGACACGAGCGCAUUCACACAGGGGAGAAGCCGUAUCACUGUUCAGACUGUGCAAAGAGUUUUUCCCAACUGAAUCAUCUCCAAGCACACAAGCGCAUUCACACAGGAGAAAAACCUUAUCACUGUUCAGACUGUGGGAAGAGUUUUUCUUCACAGGGUCCUCUCCAACGACACCAGCGCAUUCACACAGGAGAAAAACCGUAUUGUUGCUCAGAGUGUGGGAAGAGUUUUACUCAACAGUGUCAUCUACAAACACACCAACGCAUUCACACAGGAGAGAAACCACAUCACUGUUCAGAGUGUGGGAGGAGUUUUAUAGAGAAAAGUACUCUCAAAAAACACCAGCUCAUUCACACAGGAGAAAAACCGUAUCAGUGCUCAGAGUGUGGACACAGCUUUUCUGCACUGAUUAACUUCCAAAUACACCAGCGCAUUCACACAGGAGAGAAACCGUAUCACUGCUCGGAUUGUGGGAAGAGUUUUAGAAACGGUAGUGACCUCAGAAGACACCAGCACACUCACACAGGAGAGAAACCACAUCACUGUUCAGAUUGUGGGAAGAGUUUUUCUAGACAAAGUUAUCUCCAGGAACACCAGCGCAUUCACACGGGAGAGAAACCGUAUUAUUGCUCAGAGUGUGGGAAGAGUUUUACCCAUCAGAGUAAUCUAAAAACACACCAUCGUGUUCACACAGGAGUUAAACCAUAUCACUGUUCACAGUGUGGGAUGAGUUUUACUAGAGUGAUUUAUCUCCGAAGACAUCAGCUCACUCACAAAGGAGUGAAGCAAAAUCUGCAAUAACGCCACAGACUGUAGGAGUACCUUCAAACCUCUGGAUCUGAAGAUGCACAAAUGUAUUAAGAAGGAGAGAGAAGAGAACUGUGAACCCAGGCCUCGUGCUAGGCACACACUGUGGCUGACUCAAGUUGGAGCAAGAUAAAACAGGUUUAACAAUUGGUGCGCUGUCCAAGAACGCUGACAGCUUGAACACUUCUCUUCAACUUGUUCUUCAGGAUACUGAAGUUUCAUGUUCCUAGAAGCAAGCAGUCAAGAGUCAGUCCCACAGCCAGUUCCACUGCAUUGUGAGAAAUGAAAGAGUACAUGCUUGAAACAUCUGUCUGAACUAUGCAUAGUAUUCGCUCCGUGGCAUGUGAAUCUACACCCUGCCUUGUCCUCUUCACUUUAAGGUGGUCUCCUCCUGUUGGUGACAGAGGAAGGAAUGGACAGAUUAACAGACACUUUCCUUAAGGAUUCUCUGAUACAGAACAAAAUUCAUGAUUUCUUCAGUAGUAGCUAGAAUUGUCCUGGAUUAUUUUGCCUCUGUACCCUUAGGGAAACUUUGGCAGGCUGGCCACUCCUGAGAAGAUUCACCAGUAUUUCUAUGGUUUUUAAUUUGUAGAUAAUGGCUCUCACUGUGAUUUGAUGAUGUUCUGGAAUGCUAGAAAUGUUUUGUAAUGGAGUCAUAUUUUAUAAUUUUUUCUUUUGAUUUUAGAUUUUACAUGAUCCACAACAUUCUACACAGAGUGAGUCGUUUGAUUUGGCUGGCCUACAGUUUAGGAAUCUCUUAGAUGUCCCCAAAAAAGCAAAAGUGUAAAUAAGCUGUUGUGAUCAGUGCAUUCAGUAGGCCCUGUUUCAAUAUGUUUGAUGUUGAUUUUUUUUUGUAAUUGAUAAUGUAUUUCUAAGCAUCCAUUCAAUCUUAUUUAAUUAUAUACUUAAUCAAAUACAUUUUAAUAUGAUUAAACAUAGUUUGUA